AUGGAGAGUUUUGAUGACCUGGAGGAGUCUUCACUAGCUAGCCUUAGCUUUGUCGGUGGCACUGGAAUGUUGAUUGACUCGGACGAUCUGCAGGGAACGCAGGAACCCAUGGUUGUCGAUAUCAAGAAGGCCUCACGAACAACAUCCUCAACUACCGUUAUGACUACUGAUGCUAAGGUACCACCUGCAAAGAAGGUCAAGACCAUGUUAAAGGUCAAGACUGAACAAACAGACCUGUCAGACACUCCCUUGGCAUCCACACAGGUGGAUGAUGGCCCUUGGGUUGAAAUGAUCAAGGCUCGAUCAGCCUACCGAAACACAGAUCUUCCCCCUGCUUGUCAGGAUGGACGCUGGCCAAAAGUAUUUCUUCUGACCAUCUAUUUGUGGGCAGGAAGUCAGCCAAACCUUUGGAACAUUAGUGAUGACGCCCUCCUGGAAGCUAUUAACCAUAUCUUUCAAGUUGUCUAUCCAGAGGUCAAGUAUGCACCCUCCUUGCAAGGCUCUGUUUUUGGUGUUACCAAUCAAUGCCUCUCUGAGUGGCGCAGCAAUUUCGGCUCUACCACCAUCACCAUCAUCAUUGACUUUAUGGCUCAGAAUGAUGACACUAACCCCAGUGACCUUGCUGAGUAUCUUCUUUCGGAUUUCGUGUUCCUUCAUGAAGACCCAGAUGUCAUUGACAAGAUGAAGACUUUCCAGUCCCCAUUUAUGCUCCAGCUGGUGGCCACCGGCCACCUCCAAGCAACAAUUGGCCAUGCCAAUGUUCUGGCGCUUAACACUGAGGCUCUCACUGUGAGCAGGAUUAGUGGUGUUGUUGGGAUAGCUGCUGCUGUGCUCAUCAAAGACAAUGUAAUUAAUAUCAAGGAUGUACUUGCAGCUCCCCCGGCGCAAUGCAAGCUCAUGGUCAAAACUAGUGAUGUGCAGGCUGGGCUUGGGCCUGAAGCCCAGGGCCGGUCCAGGGCUUGA